UUUUCCAAAUUUUUUGUUCAAGUCGUAGCAACUACCAUCGUCGAAGGUAGAGGUUUUUUUUUGUCAUCUUUCCAUAUAAAAAAAUUCCUCCUCUAACUAUAACAAAAAAAAAGAAAAAAAUAUAAUACAAAUUUUUCCAAACUUUUUCGCGACGACAACUGUAUACAACAAAAUUUUCCAUAUUUUCCUUUUUACAACAAAAAAAAAAAAGUGAAAUAAAAACAACCAAAUGGAGUCGUAAUAAAAAAAAGUAUAAUAUUAUUUCUUAAUCAUCAAAACUACUGGCGAUUACAGACGAACGGACUACGGAGUGCAAUAAAAUAAAAUAUAAAAAAAAGAAUAAAAAGAAAUUGAAAUUGAUUAAAGUGCAAGAAAAGUGAAUUUUCUUUCAUUCUUUUUUUUUUUUUGCAAAUAAGAGAAACCUUUUAUUCAACAACACAAAAAUGGUUUCACUUAUCAAGAAUCAACUUCUUAAACAUUUGUCACGGUAUACAAAAAAUCUUUCAUCAGAUAAAAUUAAUUUGAGCACAUUUCGUGGUGAAGGUGAACUCUCAAAUUUACAAUUAGAUGAAAAUGUUUUAACUGAUUUGCUGGAACUGCCAUCAUGGUUACGAUUAACAUCAGCAUGGUGCAAUCAUGUUUCCUUUCGUAUCAGCUGGACAAAGCUGAAAAGUGUUCCUAUUACGCUGACUCUUGACGAAGUGAAUAUAUCGGUAGAAACAUGUGAUCCUAAUACAAGAAGUCAAGAUCCUAAUUCACCGGGCUUACAGCCAAUACAAGUUCCGCCGGGGAAGUAUAGUUUCAUACAUAAAGUUGUCGAUGGCAUUACAAUAAUCGUGAAUACUGUAAACGUAAAGUUCCUAAGUCCAGCCUUUACAUCAACAGUUCAGAUGUCCCGAAUACGUGUUGAAUCAAAAACACCAAAAUGGGCUACUGCCGAUCUCCGGAUGACACGAUUAAAAGAUCCACAAAGAGGAAUAAUUCUUAUAUUCAAAGAAUUAUCUUGGCAAACAGUUCGCAUUGAAGCAAGUUCGACGCAGGAUAAAACACUUACACCUUUGCGUUUGCUAACAAAUCAAGCUCGUUGUCGGAUAACGAUACGAAAACGAAUGUCUGAUUGUAGUGUUUUAGCGUCUAGAUUGGUUCUGAUAUUGGAUGAUUUAUUAUGGGUGCUAACGGACUCACAACUAAAAGCAGCUCUUCAUUUUGUUGAUUCAUUGUCGGGCUUAAUUAAAGCUGCAACACAUGCAACUCAAAAGACCAAAGCACAAAAGAAACUUGAGACACUUCCAGAGUAUCAAGCACAACUAGCUCAACAAACCCGCCAGCAGUCCGAACUUGCACAUACUUCGUCAACACAAAAAAUGUUUAAUGCAUUCGAUGUACGUGAAACAUCCUAUCAUUUCUUCAGUCAGCGCAUUGAUUUGCAUCUGUGUGAUGAUGAAGGAGAUGGUCGUUCUAGUUAUCCUGAUCUUCAUAAAGGUGGAGCCUUACAAAUAUCUGUUCAAGCAUUCCAAGUUGAUUACUAUCCAUAUCACUUGGCGAAAUCAGAUCGAUCUCAUUGGGCAAAAUAUAAAGAAGCCUCAGUUUUACCCGCCCUUUGGCUAAAAGAAUCUCUCAAUUCAUUCCGUGAAGCUAUUCUCAGUCUAAGUCAACCAAAUCGUCCAUCAACACAUGCACCACUCGAACGUAGUGCUCCCACAUCGCCAGUCAUGUUAAAUCCAGCCACUUUAUCUAGCAUGACGCCAUCUUCAUCUUCUGGACAAUCAACACCCAUCAAUAAUGCCAGUAGUAGUGCUCCAACACCAUUAUCACAAUCAAUUCAACAAAAAUCAACAUUGGACAAUCUAGCUAAAUUAAUGAGUGCAUGUGUAAUACUUCGCAUAGAAGAUUUCACUCUUUAUCGAGUAACAACUUCUGGAAAGAAGCAAAUGCCAAAGGAAUUUGUAUCAGCUCAACAGAAAAGGAAAACCAAACCAGGAGACAAAGAUCGUUACUCAUUCCCGCCGGAGAUGCCAAUUGUGCAUGCAGAGUUUACUUAUUUUUAUUAUCCUGGAGAUUUUAUAUUUCCACUUCCUCCGUCCAAAGUCUUCGUACACAUCAACCCAUUACAGGUUCAUUUCGAUCUAAGCAGUGUCCUCUGGUUCAAUUCAUUCUCCCUCAAUCUACACGAAAGCCUUUUGCGAACGAGUGUUGGAUCUCCUACAGCUUCAGCCUCAUCAGCUGCAUCAUUAUCGGCCCAGUCUGAGCCCAGUCUUAUGUAUAUGGAUGUCAAAGUUGAAGCUAUUAUGCCUCGCAUUGUUAUCGAAUCGAGUAUCGAUGCACCAAAUCAAAAAGAUCGCCCGAAAAUCAUGCAAAUUCAAAUCUCUCGUUUCGCUUUGACAAACAUUCGUGAAAUGGGCUCAUCUAGAGCUGAUCUAGCCAAUGCAUUACAUUCGCUGCAAGAAGGCACAUUAGUCUUUGGCAGUGGAUUCCCAUCGGUAAAUGGUGACAUGUGCAUUGUAACCGAUCGAAUUCUAUCACAUGUGGCGGCUAGUGAUGUUCCGAAUAUUCAACCACAACCACCAUUAAGUGCGUCCGUUUCAUCGCAGAAUCUAUCACGAUAUGCAACUUGGUCAGAACCACGAGAUGUGUGGUGUAUAAAAUUCGAUCCGGUUUGGAUUGAUUUUCUCGGAGCAAGAUCUUUGGGACCAAAUAAAUCGAUUCCGUUUGUCGAUGCAGUUCCUGUAACAUUAUGGCUUCAUGGAGGUUCUGAUGCUGGUGCAACAGCUGCUACAACUGCUGCAUCAACUGCAAAAGGUUCAGUUGAGACAAAUAUUCAUCGAAUGGAUUAUACAAAUCGGAAUUUUUCAACAUUGAAUCCUUUCCUUGAACCUGAACAGCAGCAGCAACAGCAAGAAACAUCGCCAACUGAUGGAGCAUCUCAAAAACUAAGCAAAUCGGCUGAAACGAGCAAUGAAAAAACAGCUGAUAUGCAUGCAAUUGUUCAUAUUUCUAAUUUAGUGAGUGUUCAAAUUGAUCACUAUCAGUAUUUGUUCUUGCUUCGUUUGGCCGAAGAGAUGAAUGAACUUACAACAUUCCUAUCGUUGGAUGCUGAACGUAUUUUGCAGAAGCAACACAUAAAGAAAUCAUUAAUAUUGGGUUGUGUUGUGCCACAAGUUGAAGUAACAUUGGUGAUGCCGUCCCCAACACCUGGUAAGGAAUCAAGUGGUGGUGAUGCUGAAAGUGUUUUACCCGAUUCAGCUAGUUUGGGUGAUGAUUUACACAUGAAUAGUACAAAUGUCUGGCAGACACAUCCACCGCUUGAUCAAGUUAAACAUAGUACAUUUGGAAGUGUUGAAACACCGUCCCCAGUAACAAAUGAUCCACCAUUUGAAACUGGAAUGCAUGUAUCCAAUCCAAAUACACAUGGUUAUAAUGUGCAAAUUCAAAGUACACCAACAGUGGCUCCGUCUUCGUUACAAAGUCAAGGGUCACGAGCAGAUUCUGGAGUGUUUCCACCAUCAUCCGCAGCAUCGUCAUCGAAAGUGUCGAAAACAAGAAAUUCAAUAACCGAUUCGAGUAUAACUAAAGAAAUUAAUUCAAGUCUAUUGUCAAUGAAGAAAGGCUUCUCUAGCUUCAUGACAUCAAUUGAUUCAGCCAUAAAGUCUGGAAAUCCAAAUGACGAUGCAAGUGAUACAUUCUCAAUUCAAAGUGAUAUAAGUUCAGAUUCGGAGAAUUUUGCAAUUGUCAUUGGCGAUGAUAAGACAACAGAUUGUAUCGAUGUUAUGUUUAGACUCAAUCCAUUCACAACUGAUACAAAUUUAAAAGCAUCACCUGUUGAAGUUGCUAGUGAAGUCUAUGAAGAACCUACAAAUAAUUAUAAAACAAAUUUAUCCUCACCAUCAGAACCAUCGGAAGCGAGUACAUGGCGUCGAAGAGAUUUGGUGUCAAUGACAACGUUUAGAUUGACUACAGUUGAAGUGAUAAAACAAAAUGAAGGAUAUUCAUCUUCAUUGCGACUACAAGUUGCUGCAAUAUCGUGCAAUGAAUGCGGUUCAAUACCGUGGGAUGAAUUACAAACCGCUCACCAAUCAACAAAGACAAAAUUCGGUGCACGUUGUAAAGCAUGGAAUUUGGCUCCUUAUAAUCCUGAAGCACCACCAUGUGUUCAACUGCGUUUGGAAGAAACAUUAAAUCCACCUGAUGAAUCAGUUGAUAUAACUGAUAAGAAAAGCAUUCAAGAAUGGUUUACUCAUCAUGCUGAUAUUCGUCUUAGAGAUAUAUCACUAGAUUUGUCAAUGAGUACAGUGAUAGGAUUGGGAGAUUUGUCCGAAGAUGAAAUCAUCACCAAACCGUUGCCUUUGAAUAUCUCACUUGAAAAUGUGAAACUUAAUUUGGUAGAAGAUAGACCUCCAGUUAAUAUUACCUCACCGGGGCCAGUUCCAAUUAAUUUAGUUAUAGGCUCAAUGAAAAUCCAUCGUGAUGAGAAUGGAGUCUUACAGAUUCAACCAAUUGAAAAACAUAUGCAAGAAGAACCGCCAAGAACGUCAGUUUUGCCCCGUGAUAAGGAUCGAGAUCGUGAAAUUCUGUCCCUGCAAUUAGUCAUGCAACAGCUUAAACUUGACAACGAGAAUGUUCGAAAGCAAUUGAGUCAUUCUAAAGAGAAUUCCGAGAGUUAUAGACAAAAAGCCAAACAAGAAAACGAUGUACUUCGAACUUAUUUAAAAGCUGCUCAAGAUGAUAUAACAAUGUUGUUAGAUGAGAAGAAAGCACUUCUCGAUACAAUACGUUCGCUACAGGUCAAAAAUGACGAACGGAAGAAAGCUUCAACUGACAUCAUCGAAUACAAAUAGGAAAAGUGAUGGUAAUAACAGAUAGCAUAACUGCAUGGAUUGCAUUCAAUGUUGCAGUGAAAAUAAUAAUCCAUGAUUCGAACCUAAAAAUCAAACUUCAACAAAUUU